AUGCCGGUCCUCCAUCAAUAUGACUACAUCUUCGCCAUUGGCACCCUCUUUGCUAUGCUUGAUGCCUUCAACAACGGCGCAACCCUUCACAAGACUAACGUUGUUACUCUUUCCCUAGACGAUGUCGCAAACGCGUGGGCCACCAGCGUUUCAUCCAGAUCCAUCUCGUACAGACAGGCAAUGGUCUUCGGCACCAUCUUCGAACUGCUAGGAGCCAUUACUGUCGGAGCUCGCACGGCAGACACUAUCAAGAACGGUAUCAUCCCCAACUCUGCUUUCCAUGGCAAUGCUGGUGUUCAGAUGCUGGCCUUUACCUGCGCGCUUGCUGCCGCUUCUUCCUGGGUCAUGUGGUGCACCAAGCACUCUGCCCACGUCUCUUCCACCUACUCCCUGAUUUCGGCCGUUGCUGGCGUCGGUGUUGCGACCGCCGGUGCCAGUAAGGUGCAGUGGGGCUGGAACAAAGGCAAAGGUCUAGGAGCCAUCUUCGCUGGCCUCGGUAUGGCUCCUGCCAUCUCCGCCGGCUUUGCUGCCAGCAUCUUCAUGCUUAUCAAGCUUAUCGUUCACCUCCGCAAGAAUCCAAUCCCUUGGGCCGUCUUCACCGCGCCCUUCUUCUUCCUCGUCGCCGGCACCAUUUGCACGCUCUCUAUCGUGUACAAGGGAUCUCCGAACCUUGGCCUGAACAAGAAGCCGGCGUGGUACAUCGCAACUGUGACCAUGAGCUGUGGCGCCGGUCUUGCCCUGCUAUCCGCGAUCUUCUUCGUUCCGUUUUUGUACGCUAGGGUCAUCAAACGUGACAAUACCGUUAAGUGGUGGAUGUUCAUCUUUGGCCCAGCCCUCCUCAAGCGCAACGCAGUCGCCGAAUCGGAUCGCGCGGUCGUCCCCAACUACGCCGUCGUCCAGCAUGAUGAUGAGCCUGAGGACCGCGCUGCGAAAGCCUUGCACGACUCCGACUCUGACGAAAUCGAGAAGGAUGGCAUGAACAAAACCGCCGCCACCACCGAACAGCGCGUCUCUUUGACCGAGACUGGUCUCAAGUCUCAGAAGGAGCUUAAGGCUGAAGCCCAAGAGAAGUUUCACGCGAAGCUCAGGCAGAAGCCGGGUCCCCUUGGCUGGGCCAUGCGCACUCUCCACAACUACCCAAUGGGUCCUGGUCAGAUCUACGAGCUCCACAACAUGAAGAUUGCGGCCAUCCGCCUGCCAGCCAUGAUUGUCUGCGGUGCCCUCUACGGUCUGAAUUACGACAUCCACGCCGCUCAGACUGGCAUUGCCGGCACCCCAGACGGCAAGCGUAUGGAGCGUGUCUAUGCCAGUGCUGAGAAGUACCCCAACGAGGUCGAGCACACCUACUCGUUCAUCCAGAUUCUCACCGCUUGCACGGCUUCUUUCGCGCACGGUGCCAACGACAUCGGCAACUCUGUUGGUCCUUGGGCAGUCAUCUACAGCGCUUGGCACACUGGUAACGCUGCUGCGUCCAAGGCGCCAGUGCCCGUCUGGCAGCUCGCUGUCCUUGCUCUCACCAUCUCGCUCGGCUUGAUCACCUACGGUUUCAACAUCAUGAAGGUCAUGGGCAACAAGAUCACCUACCACUCGCCCAGCAGAGGGUGCUCGAUGGAGAUGGGUGCGGCAAUCACCGUGCUCCUCUUCUCGCAGUACUCUUUGCCCGUCUCGACCUCUAUGUGCAUUACCGGCGCCACCGUUGGUGUCGGUCUCUGCAAUGGCACGCUCAAGGCUGUGAACUGGCAGCGUAUCGGUCUACUUGUCACGGCUUGGAUCGCUACUAUCCCAAUCGCUGGUACCCUGGCAGGCUGCUUGAUGGGCUUGUUCCUUAAUGCGCCUCACUUCCGGUAGAUUAUUGGUGGAUGGGAAUGUAGAUGGAACGGCGGAUGCUACAGAAGAUGUGUGUGAUGAUAUACCCUGUGCAGAGUUACGAAGAUGUUGAGUAGCUCAGAAUGAACCACAGAUUCACGAGUGAAUGUGCGCCCAUAUGUGGUAAAAGUGUUUAUAUCAACUCCAAGUCUCCCAAGGCCGAGGUACUGAGACACUGAGGUGGACGAGUUGGGUUUCUUUUAUACGCAAAUGUCUCUCGACAUCGGCUGCGAAAGAUGCUAAGGCAUCGUAGUGCGGUAAUAGCGUAGCCUUUUCCCUUCCGGUCCAUAUGCUGUACCAUCCGUAACUCUUUGGCUCAAAAUACUAAGGCUACAUUGUACUCCCCUGCGACGACCUUACAAGGCUCCUAUACACGAAAGAGCCAUAUGCAGGGCGAUCUGGAAUGUUAAUUACCCUCUCACCCGCGGUGAAAGCGUGAUGUCG